CUCUCAAUAGUCAAGUAAAGCCAGCCACGCGAUUGCUUAUUUUUGUAGGAAGAAGAUAAACUAACAUAACAUUGUGGUGAAAUAAGUGGGUUUAACCUCUAAUAUCGGGUGAUAUAGAAAAAAAUUUCUAUUAAACAAGUUGAUUGUUACAGCUAAUUUGUUUAUACAAUAAUGACUCGUAAUAAUGUAUCAAAAGACAAGAGCCUGCACCAAACUCAAGAUAUAUCUUUUAGUCAGAAUGAAUGCAUGGUAAUGUUUAAUUCUCCAAUCAUUUCAAACAUUUAAAAAAAUAUUUAUUUCAAAUUUGUUUACUUAGCAAGUGCGUGGCUAUAAAAAGAGUUGGCCAAAGACUUACCUGAUUUAUUUAGCAUACAUAUUAACGAUUGGUGGUUUACGACUAAUUUUUCAUUGGUAUCCACAUAUUCAUCUUUAUGCAACACAUAAAAAAUGUUCUCUUGCCGAGGCUACAAAUAUUCUCAUCGUUGUAAGUUUUCUCGUAGAAAAACAUAAUUCAGCUGAUAAAUUUAUGAAAAAUAUCUCAAAAAUUUUAACGAAUUAGUAGAUUGAUUAUCAAGGCAAAUAUCAAUCUUACUUUGUCAAAGCUGUUAAAAAUCUUUCCACUAAGAAUUGGCGAGUAAACAAAUUAUUCACUAUACAAAGCGACCGUGAAUUAGAUUUACUGAAUAAGUUGACAGAUGUUAAUCUGAAAAUGAACUUGGAAAACGGCACAAAAAUAGAAUCAGAAGAAUUCCGUGUAUUUUGGUGUAAAAAAGAAUGCUACGUUUGGGACGUUAAGAACAAUGAAUUUUCCAAACUUACAAGCUUAAAAAACGUGACUUAUUGCUCGGAUCUAAAUGUCAACAACAAGGGACUCUCGAAAGAACAACAAAUUUUAAGGCGAAUUAUCCAUGGAAACAAUGAGAUUCAUAUUCCGGUAAAACCCUUAGCAACGUUAUUUGCUCAAGAAGUAUUAAAUCCUUUUUGUGUUUUUCAAUUAUUUGCAAUAAUAUUGUGGCUUUUCGAAAGUUAUUAUUACUACACGAUAGUACUGUUAAUUAUAAUUUCGUGGAACGUUUUAUAUUCAGCGUUGCAGACGAGAAAGAAUCAGAUUAGUUUGCGUAAUACCAUGGCUUCAACGGAAACGGUCAGAGUAGUGCGAAACAAUGGAAUGUUUGAGAGCAUUUCCAGUGUGCAAUUGGUCCCAGGUGACAUAAUAGAAUUGCCAAGGCAAAGAGGAACGAUCAUUUGCGACGCAAUACUUUUAGAUGGUACUUGCGUUGUUAAUGAAGCCGAACUCACUGGGGAAUCAGUUCCUGUUGUUAAAAAUCCUUUGCCGUGUGAAGAUGUUUUGUAUAAUUCCAAAUUACACUCGUAUAAUACUUUAUUUUGCGGUACUACCAUUAUUCAAAGUAGAAAUUACGAAGAUAGACCAGUAUUAGCGAAAGUCAUAAAAACCGGUUUGCAAACUGCCAAAGGGACAUUAGUCAUCUCUAUACUUUACCCGCCUCAAAGUGACUUCAAAUUCAAAGAAGACAUGAGAAAAAUCAUGACGAUACUUUGUGUGAUAGGUUUAUUUCAAAUAAUUUACACAGCGUUUGUACUUAGUGAAAAUGAAAUUUAUCGUCGAGUCCCACAAUUCAUCGUAUUAACCACUUUGUCAGAAAUCACACUUGUCUUGCCAGCUUCUCUUCCUGUCGUUAUGAUGGUAGGAGUAUCUUACGCCCGUAGUAGAUUGAAAAAGAAACAUAUUUACUGCACCGAUACCAAAGCAAUAAUCACGUCUGGAAGCGUCAACUGUAUAUGUUUUGAUAAGACCGGCACAUUAACAGAGGAUGGUUUGAGCAUCAUGGGAAUUAUACCAAGCACUCACCGGAUGCUUGGCUAUCUCGAGAAAGAUCUGACGAAACUCAAGAAUCAUCCAAUAUUUCAAGGAAUGCUUGUGUGUCAUAGUCUUGUACACGUUGACGGAGAACUAAUGGGCGAUGUUCUUGACUUAGGCAUAUUCAAGAGCACCGGUUGGCAACUAGCAGAGCCGGAAAAAAUUCAAGAAAAAUUAGUAACAACAAUUAAAUCCCCGGACAACAAUGAAAAAAUCUAUACCAUCAAACAAUAUCAGUUUUCAAGUGAUCUUCAACGAAUGUCUACUAUUGUAAAAUCACCCUAUUCCAAUGAUUUAAAUAUCUACGUAAAAGGGUCACCGGAGAUGAUACUUAAGUUAAGCAAACCUAGUAGCUGUCCGCAAGAUGCAUUUUAUGUGUUACAAAAAUAUACGCAGCAGGGGUUUAGAGUUAUUGCUUUUGGAUGCUCAAAACUUGACGUUGGCUGUGAACAAAAGAUCGAAGCUUUACCAAGAGAGGAAGUUGAAAAAAAUCUGGAAUUCUUGGGAUUCAUUCUAUUUGAAAACAAAUUGAAAAGUGUUACUAAACGUAUUAUCCAAGAAUUAAGAGAUUGCAAUAUGCGUGUUAUCAUGAUUACAGGUGACAACAUUCAAACUGCUAUAUCAGUAGCAAAAGAAUGCGGAAUCGUAUCGCAAGAAGAACGCAUAUUAAACGUUUUGAUGCAAACAAACAAUUCAAACUCUACCAAAAUAUUUUUCAAGAGUAAUAAUCCUAUCAAAAUUAAUCCUAAAUCGAAUCGAAUUAAAUUCGCCAUUACAGGAGAUAUCUGGCAAUUUUUGUGCAAGAACGACGCAAAGUUACUGGCUGAAAUUUGUCAAAGAGGAGCUGUUUUUGCAAGAAUGACUAGUAAUCAAAAGCAACAACUUAUUCUCGAGCUAAUGCAAUUAGGCUACAACGUAGCAAUGUGCGGUGACGGAGCAAACGAUUGCGAAGCUUUGAAAGCAGCCCACGUUGGUAUUUCAUUGUCCGAGGCAGAAUCAAGUGUAGCAAGUCCAUUCGUUUCUCUAACUUCAGAUAUAAGUUGCGUAACAACAUUGAUUAGAGAAGGUCGUGCAGCAUUGGUCACUUCAUUUAGUAACUUUGAGUUUACUAUCACCUAUGCGCUCGUCGAGUCCAUUUCAACUUUGAUACUAUUCUGGAUCGGUUCGUGUCCCACCAAUUGGCAAUUCAUGUACAUUGAUUUCUUUCUCGGUCUCCUGUUUGGACUCCUUUUUGGUAAUACUAAAACAUACGAAGGAAAAUUUGCUAAAGAACCACCAACUUCGUGUCUCUUCAGUGUUGGGCCUUUAUUAUCGGUCGGCUCACAUCUUUUUGUUUACGGAGUUUUCCAGCUGUCUGUAUUUAUAGCAGUUAGACAUCAAGAUUGGUAUACGCCAUUCGUAAAAAACGACCGAUUAGAUUUCAGAUGUUAUGAGAACUACUCUGUAGUAUCGCUAUCUUAUUUCCAAUACAUCAUAAUAGCUAUAUCGUUUUCACGUGGGGAACCUUACAGAAAGCCUAUAUACACGAAUCAUUUACUCAUGAUUGCUUUACUGAUUACCGCGUUAGGCAAUAUUUAUUUAACUCUUUGGCCAGAUCCAUGGAUUAUUGAUUUAUUUGAGUUGCGAAUGCCACCUGAAAUGAAAUGGCGAUACAUCAUUGUUGGUCUAGCAUUCUUGAACUUCGCCGUAUGCUUGUGGAUGGAUGAGAUCGUCAUCAAAAAAUUGCAAGGAAAAAUUGAACGCAUAAUCAAAAGAAUGCAUCGACAGAAUCAAGUUGAACCGAAGAUAAAUCAUCAAUUAUCGAUUAUUGGUAAAGAAUCAAUUGAUUUGGACAAACCAAACAACGAAGUUCCAAAAAUUCGACAUAGUUAUGCUGGCAGACAAACUGCGACAUUUGAAAACCGAGCUUUCUUAAAUGAUGUCCGAAUAAAAAUAUAAUAUAAUACAAACAGACAAAUAUGACCAUAAAAAUAUAAAGUGUAAUAGUCAAACUAACAAAUCUUUAUAAGAGUUGAAGGAUGUCUGUAUAAGGAGAUCUUCGCUCGAGAAGUGUCAGAUAUACUUUUGAUGAACUAGAUGAGAUCAGUGUAAUGGUCGGCAGUUGGUGAUAUGAGAGUUACGUGGACAAUAUAUAUAAAUUAAGCGGAAACGAGUGACAUGCCUUUUCCCCACAUUUUGAUUAUUGAAAUUUAUUUCAUAUGAUGAUAUGUGCAUGAAUAUUUUUUUCAAUUUUGUAGAUCAUUAAACUUUUUAUUACAUACUUAUCACGUUUACCGAGCAUUCAAUAAAAUAAUUCUAUUUGCAACAUUGUACAAUUAACAACAGAAUAAAUG